GCGUUGUGCGCUUUGCGCCUCGUGCAACGUUCAGUGCGAGAUGAAAUCUCGUGGCUGAUGGACGUGUGUUCGUUUCCACGUUUCCACAGUUCGCCAGAGACACUUGUGGCAUCAGUGCAACAGCUUACAGUCAGCAUAUAAAAAUGUUGUUAAAUCAACAGUUUAAUCAAGCAGCAAUACUAAUAAACAUCAAACUUUAAAUGCACGCAUUAACUUUGUAUUGCAAUAAAUUCUCAACAAAAACUGAGCAAACAACAAUAAACAAAAAAUAUGUGAUUUGAUAAAGCAGCGGGUGAAUACUCCAACGCACAAUUUCACCCAAAAAUCAAGACAACCCAAGCGGACUACAGACAACCAUAGGCAGCAAUUAAAAUCCAGCAUCAACAAUUUACAGCAACGUGUUGUGAGCUACGCAAUGCAAUCAUCGACUGAUGCGGCCAAUGAUGGAGCACGCAAACACACAGCACAGCAGCAAGGACAGCAGCCAGCAGCAGCAGCAAGAACAGCAAACGAGACCACAUCCUUUACCAUAAAUGUCAACAGUCCGCAACAUCAGCAGCAGCAGCAGCAAUUGGCUGGCGGCAGCAGCAACAGUCACACACCCAGCAAAAAUCCCUUCAAGCAACAGCUCAGCCAGGACACUAAUCAGCAGAAUGGCAGCAAGGACAGUGAGUGCGGCAUUAUGGGAGUCGGUGGCAAGCAACCACCGCCGCCACAUCCACCACCACCACAGCAGGGCUAUCAGUCGCAAGCAUAUGCAGCCGGCCAGCCACCGCCGGAUCAGUACCGCCAAGAGGAUCCACGCGCCGCCGGCCCAUUUACAGCGGCCAAAGCUUGGAUGGUCAGCUGGCGCGGCUCCAAUCGCCUCGUCUUGGUGAUCGUGGCCAUAGCGUUGCUGCUGGACAACAUGCUGCUAACAACUGUCGUGCCCAUCAUACCUGAGUUCCUGUACGACAUACGACAUCCGGAUGCCCCGCUUGCCAGUUACCCACGCCUGCCGCUCGUGCCGAGCACCUCGCCCUCACCCAACGGACCCUGCCCAUGUAAGGACAAUGACGCACAGUACGAGAUCUCCACGCUGAGUCCAGAGGAAAACGAAACCUAUUAUCGCGAGCUGGAGGAGCGCCACAAUGAGCUUGUUGGCGAAACGGUGGAGGUGGGCUUGCUCUUCGCCUCCAAGGCCAUUGUACAGCUGUUGGUUAAUCCAAUCGUCGGUCCCUUAACGCAUCGCAUUGGCUAUAGUAUACCGAUGUUUGCUGGCUUUGUCAUAAUGUUUCUCUCCACCAUAAUUUUCGCCUUUGGUCGCUCCUAUUUGGUGCUGUUUAUAGCGCGCGCAUUGCAGGGCAUUGGCUCGUCGUGCUCCUCGGUUUCUGGGAUGGGCAUGCUGGCGGAUCGAUUCACCGACGACAAGGAGCGUGGCAAUGCCAUGGGCAUAGCUUUGGGUGGCUUGGCGCUGGGCGUGCUCAUUGGUCCGCCAUUUGGUGGUGUUAUGUAUGAGUUUGUGGGCAAGUCGGCGCCGUUCCUGGUGCUGGCUGCAUUGGCAUUGGGCGAUGGCUUGCUGCAGUUGUUCAUGCUGCAGCCCUCGAUACAGAAAGCCGAAACGGAGGAGCCGCCGUCGUUGAAGAGCCUAAUCAGCGAUCCUUAUAUACUGAUAGCGGCGGGCGCCAUUACGUUUGCCAACAUGGGCAUAGCUAUGCUGGAGCCCUCGCUGCCGCUGUGGAUGGUGGACAAUAUGGGCGCAACACGUUGGGAGCAGGGCGUGGCUUUUUUGCCCGCUUCCAUAAGCUACUUGAUCGGCACGAAUCUGUUUGGACCACUGGGACACAAAAUUGGACGCUGGUUCGCCGCCUGCUUGGGCUUGGUCAUUAUUGGAGCUUGUUUGAUAUUUAUACCUAUGGCCACAUCAAUAACGCAUUUGAUUAUACCCAACGCUGGCCUGGGCUUUGCCAUUGGCAUGGUCGACUCCUCCAUGAUGCCCGAGCUGGGCUAUCUAGUGGAUAUACGUCACUCGGCUGUCUACGGCAGCGUUUACGCCUUGGGCGAUGUGGCAUUCUGCGUAGGCUUUGCUGUGGGUCCCGCUCUCUCCGGCUCGUUGGUCAAGAGCAUUGGCUUUGAGUGGAUGCUGUUUGGCAUUGCUAUACUCUGCUUUAUGUAUGCGCCGCUCUUGACGCUGCUCAAGAAUCCACCCACAAGCGAUGAGAAGAAGUCUUUGAUCUACGGACGCGAUCGCUCCCAGGUACGUUAUGUUACCUAUCAGAACUACGAUGACGACGAAUAAACCGACACAAAAGUUUUCAAAAGCAAUGUUGCCAAUAUGCAACCAAAAAUCAAAAAAAAAAAAAAUUUGUUGAAAUGCAAGCAUACGCAAAAAUAUAAAAAAAAAAAUAACUAUAUAGCAAACACAACCAAAAAUAUCAAGAAUAUCAUAUGAGCACAAGAAAUUUAAUUGUUACAAAUGUUUAAAUGUUAACGUAAUUUACAGAGCAAAAGUUAAAAGCAGCUGUUAAUCGAAUCAAAAGAAAUAUAAUUUUCAAUUUCAACUCAAGCCGAAUUGAAAGAAAGUUCACAUAGACGGGUUAUAUUUGCAUAGAUGAAGAAUAUGCUGUGUGAAGUUGAGUUAAAAUUAAAUUUGUUAAACGAGAAAAAACGAAACAAUCCAAAUCCAAACUUGGGUUUUUGUUUAAGAGAUGUUGACAACCACCAAAGAACCCUACUACAUAUUUGAGGCAAAUUACAAUUGAAAAGCCAAGUAUAUAACAUUAAAUAAAAAUAUAUAUGAAAAUUUGUCUGUUAACUAUGUUAACUAAAAGCAAGUAUAUAACUAUACUACUCCCAAUAUGCACAAAUUGAAAAGUGAAAGCAUCAGCAAUUGCAUUGAAUUAAUGUGAGUCCGGAAGUGAUUGAAGUUAUUAGAAGUGCAGAGUACGUAAACCAGCUCAGCUAAUUGAUCUCAGUUUAGUUUAGGCAAUUCCUAAACUUGCUCUAGUAGCGUUUCCAGCUUGGGGGCACACAUUAAAGCUCUAGUUCGCAAUAUGAUGACACGUAAGUGCAGCAAUUCGGUUGCAACAGCAGCCAAAAUUAAAUACAAAUUAAAAACUAUACUAUACCAAAAUAUAUUAUGUUGUUACUUAGUUAAUCGUUAUGCGCUAAAAAAUAUGCUAAUUAGCCAAAUAAACUUUUGUUCAAUCAAAACGUAACUAUAGCUACAAUUAGACAUAUACUCGUACAUAUAUUAUAACUGUAAAGUUGUUGCUUUAUAUAGCACACACACAAUACAAUAUCUGACGCAUUAAGGGAACUAACUAAAGUUAAGCUCAACUGUACCUAAAAGAUACUUAACUACUUAUGAACUACAACAUACUCAAGUUAUGGCGCAUAAACAUGUUUGUUUUAGUUUAUGAUUUGAUUACUUAACUAAGAGAUCGUUUAGAUCAAUCGGAUACUUCCGCGAGUUGUUUGAAUGGCUGCAAGCAGCUCUACGCGUUUUAGAGAAACUAUGUAAAAUCCAUAUUUUUUAUACAACAAUGAAUGUCACUAUUUUGGACAAACCUAUAAACAUUUUUAUGCGCAACCAAUUAAACAAAUUACUUAUAUGGUAUUUAGAACACGCAGGUAUACAAUGAGGUUAUAUGGAAAAUACUGUACAUAUGCAUAGCUGAAAUACUUGCUGAUCAUCAAUGCUUAAUCGAUACUAUUUAACUAUUUAAAAAUAAAUAAAUUUCAGUUUAUUGCUUUAGUUUUAUCUGUCGAAUUGCAAAAUUCAAUCAUACAAAAUACUAAACUAUGCUUAAAGUCUCAUCUACUUAGUACAGGCGUAUACUUAACCAAAUAAAGGCUUGUUCAGUACAAAAGCAUUGUACAGGGUACACUGAAAGCUCUAUAGUUACUUAAUAUACUUAACGUAUUAAAAGUUUUAUUCGGUUUUCAGAAGUUGUUGUGCGUGGCUUAGCAAUCCAUAUGUACGUGUGAAAUAGACAAUAUAGCUUUUAUACCAUAUACUAUAUAUACUACAAAUAUAUAUAUAUAUAACUAGUAGUUAUGCAAUACGUUUUAGUUAAUGUUCAAUACUAUAUAUAACAAACUGCAUCACACAAAAAGCUGGUAUGGGGUCAAACAAACUAUAAUACAAACAUAUUAUAUGUACUUACAUAUAUGUUUUGUGCACAGUACUAUUUACUCAAAUAUAUAAACUAACUUAAACUCAAACUAUUUACUGUAUGUAUUUGCUAAACAUUUAUAAUAACCACACACACUAUACUCUCUCAAUAUUUAUAUAAAUUUAUUCAUUUAGUUUAGCGCGAGCAUAUUAGUCAAAAAAUUUAGACAUACUCGUAUUAACGUUUUUAGUAUACAUUAGUGUGUUAACAACAAUCAACAAGCAAGAAACAACAAUCAAUAACGAUGUCGAAACAUAAAAUUAUGCCAUGUCAUUGUAGGGUGGAGCUAACGGGAAGUAAACGACCAAAUCGUAUUUAAGCAAAACAUAUUUCUAAACAUAUAAACUAUAUAUGCUAAUAUCUAUACUAAAUA